AUGGCGAACAAGUCGGUCCUUGCCGUGCUUUUGGUGCUCUGUAUUACAGCAUACAGUAUCGACGCAUACACUCGUAAAUAUUUGGGCUCGGGUUAUCUUCAAAGCAGUCGCCGGUACAGGACCAAUGGGAGGACAAAAUAUGUCUCCUACUAUGUUCCGAAAGGCGCUUGUUAUGUUUCCUUGAAAUACAACGAUCGCUAUGGUUCGACUGUGGGCGGCUGGUAUGGUAAAGCAACUGCCACUUGGAGUAGUGGGAACCGAUUAGCCAAAGUUAAGGCUAGGGUUAAAGGUUGGGGAAGUAUUUCCUGGACGGUUUGGGGCUGGUAUCGUUGA